GCCUCUCGGUAAUCCGCCAUGAUUGUUUUUUUGACAUAUGGAAUACUGGGUCCAAUGUGAUCUACUGAAAUCUCGCGUUGAAGGUCCGACUCAUCACCAUAGUAACAUUAAACGCUCUCUCGCUGGCUGUGUCAAAUGAAACAAUGAGCGCGACUAACAAUAAUCAAGAAAAAGAGGACGCGAGUGUUCCCACUGAGAGUGAUGAUGACUUUAAAUAUGAAGAAGUAUCUCUAGAAGAUGACUGGAGUUUAACAGAAGGGGAAGAAGACUUAGAAUCGACGAUGAAAGCAAUCCAAAGCCAGGCAGAUGCCAAUGCUCGGGCUGCUCCCGGGCCAAACGCAACCAACAACAAACACCAACCUAAAGCUGUUGAUGACUUUUUACGAAACUUUCUCCUCCAAAUGGGAAUGACAAAAACACUUGACUGUUUUCAGACUGAGUGGACCGAGAUGGUGCAGAAAGGGCUGGUGUAUGCGGAGCGGGUCGGUGGGGUACCGGACGUGUACACUAACAACCAGCGUCUGGACAGCGAGCUGAAAAACGCCCAGCGGGAGAGGGAGGAGUACAGGCUGACAGCCUCUACUGCGGGUGAGACUCUAGUGAGGGUCAAGAAAGCCAGAGACUUCCAUCGGCUGCAGCAUAAGCGUGUUGUCCAGGAGAAAAACAGGCUCAUCGAGGAGAUGAGAAAGCUCAAGGUUCAAUGCAACAGCUACGAGCUUGGAGUAAAGCGGAUGAAUGAAAAAUACAAAGCAGUUUUAAAGCAGACCGUGAUGGUGACUUUAGAGAGGGACAAGGCAUUAGGACGGGUGAACCGUCGCUCAGCUCAGCAGAACAUCCGCUCCUGGGGGGAUGAAGGCGAAGAAGAAUUGAUGAACAACAAAGUAGAGCCAUGUGUCAAAGGGACAACUCAUCUAGUGACCCAGCUCAGGUCUCCUACAUCUCCAGACCCUCCAAGGAGUCAGACUAGAGUGCAGCCAUUGAAGGCAAAUGUUCGUUGA